AUGGACGCUGACAGGAUGAAGAGGAUGGAGCGGGCCAGGUUACCAGAGAGAAAGAGAAGAAGGCUGACGUUGAAGGAAGAGAGAGCAACCUCAAAGGGAGGAAAUGAAGCAAUGGAAGGAUUGUCCUAUCAGUCUGAAAUAGGACUUUCUGUCAAUGAUAAAGAAGAUAUAGAAAGUAUCCCUGAGCCUGUGCCAAAACCAAGCUUUUGCUCCUCCACAAAGUUGAAGCACUGCCCUUCACCAAAUGUUGUCAUUUUAGAUCUGGAAACCACUGGCCUGAUUCAGCAUGGCAUUGUGCCCCACAUCACCCAGAUUGCUGCUGUAAAUAGGAAUAUAAAGGAGCAGUUCUCCAGAUAUGUGGCUCCAGACCUGCCCAUUACACCAAUGGCGGAAAAGGUCACCAACAUAACCUGGAGUGGUGGAGUUCUAUGUUACCGUGGUGAGCCAGUUGAUUUUGUGAGAGUAAAGUCGGCACUGGAGGGUUUCUUGGAGUGGUUAGAGAAAUUUCCCAGCAUAGUAAUGGUAGCACACAAUGGCCGAACAUUCGAUUUUCGAGUAUUAUGCAGGGCAUUUCAUAGAUGUGGUUUGCAAGAGAGAUUUUGCUCUAAUGUUGCAGCAUUUUGUGACUCGCUUACUCUUUUCAGACAAAAGUACCCUAAACUUGAUAAGUAUAAGCAAGAAUUUCUGGCACAGCAUUUUUGUGGUCAUACUUACAAUGCCCAUAAUGCUCUUGAUGAUGUUGUCAUGCUAGAUGAAAUUAUUGAAGCAGGACUUAUCUCUGUUUCAGACUUUAAAAAACAUUCGUAUGAUACAGAUUGCCAAUUUCUUCAAGAAGAAUUUAAUUCUUGUAAAUCAAAAAAUGUUGCUUCACUUCGCCCUCUUAUUGGUGAAAAAGUAAUGAAAUCCUGCACGGUAGAAAAUAUUGCUGGAUCUGGACUGAAUCUGGGUCAUUUGAGACUGAUAUUCAAGAGAAGUGGUGAAGAUGGACUGGUUAAUGUGUUUUCUAUGAAAAAUAGUUUAGCUUAG